AUAGACCUCCGCAGACCACGCCGACCAACGGCCAGGACGCGCGCUUUUGCGCACGUCAGAGCCUAUCACGCCGGCUGCACCCGGUCCACCACCAUUGGUCGUGUGCCGCAGCCGCGACCGCGACCGCGAGCCCGCGAGGAUCCCCACUCUCUCGCUCGCUCUCCUCACAGUCACACACUCGUCUCGAGCGCCGCCCGCCGGCCCCAAACUUCCAAGCAAACCCUUGGCGCCGUCCACGGCCAUGGAUUUCCGCCGGCCGCCACGCUCCUCGUCGGGCGGCGUGGAGCCCAAGAUCCGCCAGGUCGGGUUCUUCACCCCGGACGCCUCCGCGCCGUCCGAGCUCCUGCCCCCCUCUGCCGCGGUCCCGGCGCCAUCGUCACAGCAGAGGUCGGCCGGGGGGUCGCCGCCGGCGUCUGAAGACCUCUCCGGCCGACUCUCCCCCGUCAUGAUCCCUCCCCCGCGCCACGUCGACAACCUCGCCCCGGGCCCACCCUCCCCCGCGGUCCUCGCCACUUCCGCGCCGGUGCUUUCGUCCCCGCGCCUCAACGUUGCGUCCGAGAUCGGAGACAACGACUCCUGGCCACGCGUGCCUUCUGCUGUGGAGCUAGAAGAAAACAAGCGUGGUUUGGCUGAAAUACAGAAUGAUGGUGCUCCAGCCUCCAUUCCACAAAAGCAGAAAACCUCAAAGGCAGAGAGACGUGCAAUUCAGGAGGCUCAACGUGCUGCUAAAGCGGCAACGAAGGAGGCAGAUAAAUCAGGAAAAUCUGCUGGUGCUGCAAUCUCCAAGCAAGCCAAGCCAGUAAAAACUGUUCAGAAGAAAGAUGUGCCCCAAGCUGCAAGUACAGUUGUUUCUGAGAAGAAGGCUACUGAACGUCCUCCAGAAAGAGAAAGAAAGUUAGAUGCUCCUCAUCCCCGCAUGCAGUUUGAUGAUGUGCAUAAGGUGGAGAAAGCAAAAAAACGUGCGGUAGUCAACCAAUCAGAAGCUCGAAAUAGAGUUGAACUGUUCAGGCAUCUUCCUCAGUAAUCGCAUGGCACUCAGCUUCCUGACCUCGAAUCAAAAUUCUUUCAACUAGAACCAAUGCAUCCUUCUGUAUACAAGGUUGGGCUCCAAUAUUUAUCUGGUGAAGUAUCUGGUGGUAAUGGUCGUUGCAUAGCAAUGCUUCUUGCAUUCAGAGAGGCAAUAAAAGAUUACACUACGCCUCCAAAUAAAACUCUCGGCAGAGAUCUUUCUGCAAAAAUCAGUAGUUAUGUGUCAUUUCUUAUUGAGUGUAGGCCUCUUUCAAUCAGCAUGGGCAAUGCUAUUAGGUUUCUAAAGAGCAGGAUUGCAAAGCUGGCACAUGCAUUGUCAGAGUCUGAAGCCAAAACUAGUCUUCAGUCUGAUAUUGAUCGUUUUAUAAAUGAGAAGAUAGUUCUUGCAGAUAAAGUUAUUGUCAGCCAUGCCAUCACAAAGGUCAGAGACAAUGAUGUCUUACUGACAUAUGGAUCAUCAUCAAUUGUUGAAAUGAUUUUGGAUUAUGCUCAUGAACUUGGGAGGAACUUUCGAGUUGUAGUAGUAGAUUCUCGCCCAAAGCUUGAGGGACAGGGAUUGCUGCAGAGCUUAGGCCCUGUUCGUUUGCAUCGGAUUACACCCGGAAUCAUUUCAUCUAAACAAAGUUUAUAUAAAUUAGAGAAGCAAUCCGAUUAGGAAUUAUUCUGACCUAUCAAUCCGGUGGAAACGAACAAGACCUUAGUGGGAAAGGGCAUCAGCUGCACAUACACACACAUAAAUGCCAUCUCAUACAUCAUGCAUGAAGUAACUCGAGUCUUGUUGGGUGCCUCUUCAAUAUUAUCAAAUGGGACAGUUUAUUCUCGAGUUGGGAACUUGGGACUGCAUCGGUUGCCAUGGUGGCACAUGCAUUUGGAGUUCUAGUUCUGGUUUGUUGUGAGGCAUACAAGUUUCAUGAGAGAGUGCAACUUGAUUCUAUAUGUGCUAAUGAGCUUGGUAUGGAUAUUUUAUCGUUUAUGCAUCGCAAAUAUAGGUUUCCACUCA